GCGUAUGCAGCCGGUGUGCCUGAGCGAGCUUUUGCCAGCGAAUAAUAGUCGUCGCUGUGUGCGGUGUUGUCGGUCGCUUGCGCACGAGAGGAAGGAAGGACGCGAGGAUCGCGCGGGGAGGCAGGCGAUAAUAAUACGCCGGAGAUUAACUUUCGAACGCACUGUGCUUAGCGGCGGCAUAAUAAACGAGAAUGACGAACCAGGUGAAGGGCAGCGGCUGGCCGAGGAGAUCCAGCAGCAGUUCGUUCGAUGGCAAAUUACCGCCCAAUCCUUCGGUUACCAUCAACCGGACGAUUAACCUAUAUCCUUUGACAAACUAUACAUUUGGAACAAAAGAGCCAUUGUUCGAGAAAGAUCCAUCUGUACCUGCUCGAUUCCAACGGAUGAGAGAUGAAUUUGAUAAAAUCGGAAUGCGCCGCAGCGUCGAAGGAGUUUUACUUGUUCAUGAGCACGGUUUACCUCAUGUGCUCAUGCUCCAACUUGGAACCACUUUUUUCAAAUUACCCGGUGGAGAGCUGAAUGCAGGAGAAGAUGAGGUAGAGGGCCUAAAACGGCUCCUUACAGAGAUUCUUGGACGACAAGACGGAGUGAAACAAGAAUGGCUUAUUGAAGAUACAAUUGGAAAUUGGUGGCGACCAAACUUUGAACCACCUCAGUAUCCUUAUAUUCCACCACACAUAACAAAACCGAAAGAACACAAACGUCUAUUUUUAGUUCAAUUGCAGGAGAAAGCACUUGUUGCCGUACCUAAGAAUUACAAAUUAGUAGCAGCUCCACUUUUUGAAUUGUACGACAAUUCACAAGGAUAUGGUCCAAUUAUUUCAUCCCUUCCUCAAGCCCUUUGUAGAUUUAAUUUUAUAUAUAUGUGAAGAAUUAAUUUGAGCAAUUUUAUUUAUACCUAUUAGAAAUAAUGCAAAUAGUAUUUCAAGUAUCGCACUUGACAUACGAAGGUAUUUGUUUUUUGUAAAAUAUGACACAAUAUAAAGGUUUAAUAAUU